ACGGGUCUGUCUGUCUGUCAUUAGACGGCUGGACGGACACAGACUGUAACAAACGGCUAACGUUAAUUGAAUUCCCGCUCUUUUAAUCGGACUUUAAUUCAUAUUUAAAUGAACCAUGAAGCUUAAAAUGGACAGUCUCAGUUGUGGGCUGUGUGGGGGUGGGCAGAAGUUCAAACUUUUGGUAAUUUAACCAUGGAAACUGAAAGGAAGCGGACAGCAGCGACAACAAAACAGUCAGUUGACAAACCUCUCCGCAGCCCGGCAGAUAACGGACGAAUGGACGAUGUGAAAACUGGCCCAAACCGGGACUGAAUCUCCUGCCCGGGUCUCCCCGAGCUUCAUGUCACCCUCCUCUCCGUGCCAGAUGCCUCAGCGGGGCGAUGGGGACUACAAGCCGGCACCGGUGUCCCCUGUUCCGCCUGUCCCACCGAGGAGGGUCCGGAGCCGGGAGAGGGGCUCCGGUAGGACGCGGCGGUCCGGGGCAGGGGCAGCGGAGAGGCGGGUGAAGUGUGUGCUGGUGGGAGACGGAGCUGUGGGGAAAACCAGCCUGGUGGUCAGCUACACCACCAACGGGUAUCCCACCGAGUACGUCCCGACCGCGUUUGACAACUUCUCAGCGGUGGUAUCAGUGGACGGGCAGCCAGUCAAACUACAACUCUGUGACACAGCCGGACAGGAUGAGUUUGACAAGUUGCGGCCGCUGUGUUACACCAGUGCAGAUGUGUUCCUGCUGUGCUUCAGUGUCGUCAGUCCCGCCUCCUUCCAGAACGUUCCUGAGAAGUGGGUUCCAGAGAUCCGGAGACACGCCCCCUUCGCUCCACUCGUCCUCGUUGGGACGCAGUGUGACCUCCGAGAAGACGUCAAGGUUCUCAUUGACCUGGCUAAGUACCGGGAGCGACCUGUGGACCCAGCAGUUGCCCGGGACUGUGCGUUGGAGAUUGGAGCUGUGGCCUACAUGGAGUGCUCUUCCCUGACCCAAAAGAAUUUGAAAGAAGUGUUUGACACGGCCAUACUGGCCAGCCUGCAGAACUACAGCUCCCAUAAGCACCCGAGAGGGAAACAGAAACGACGAAAAAAGCAAAGGCAGACACCGGACAAGAUGAAGAGUCUGUCCAAGUCGUGGUGGAAAAGGUACUGCUGUGUGGCCUAGAGCAGACCUGCGAUGAGUUUGAGUCUUGAUGUCUAAGACUCUGAUCCUCUUUUGACCUUAUCCUGGUCUGGAUUCAGCUGGGUUUGGGUUCUUCCUGGACUCGCUUUCAGUUUGGGUUUCUCUCUGAGAAACCUGAUGUUGAGCAGGACCUCGACUGGACUGUGGCUGUGAACCAAAGUAAGACUGUCACGGAUCUAAAAUGCUUUACUUUUUGUUUUUGUUCGGGGAAGAGUUUUGUCUUAUCGUGGAUGAGAUUUACUACUGAGCCCAGCCUGGUUCGAGCAGAACCUGCUCUGAAAAUACAGCAGUUCUGCUGUGACCUUUUUCUGACCUGGUUUUAAUCUUAGCCUGCCUCCAGUAUGAGCCCUCUGCAGGAGAAGAUACUCCUGCCUCUCUUCAAAUUUAACUGGCGUGAACCAGAUGUUUUCUGGGAUUAGCUGAAGACCCUCUCCAUGUCAUGGUGGAUGAGACAAUGUUGUUUACGAGUAGACUGUUCCAGAUUUGAACAGGAACAGAAACUUUGAUCGUCUCAUCUGUGUUUAACAUAUUAAUUGGAACAGUGUUUAGUCUGGUGUUCUGGUAAAAAACCUUCCCAUCCUAGUAUGGAUUUAUGUAGCCUUGUUAUGUAGACUGGAAGGGUGCUUGACUCUCUGCAGACUGAACUUUUUUCUCUAAGUGACUUCGAUGAAACUGCAUCGAUGAAACUGCAUCAGUCCUUUUUCCAAGUUUUGUCUAACGCUAGUCUGGUUUUCAACACUCAAGAUUAGAAACCAAACUUCGUCCUUAUUUACAUAUGAAAAGAAGAAGCCAUUUUGGAUUUUCUGACCCAGACAUGAUCACCAGACAUAAGUCAGAAUAUAGUCAACAAAUCCAGCCCAUGGUUGAUUUUAGAGCUUUGUUUUAUAACUGGGAUCAUUGUUGUUCUAGUAACAGAACUUACUUUAUUAAUCAGCUAAUCAUUUUAUCCUGCUCACAUGCAGAGUUUACUGUGGCGCAGCCUAUAAACCUAAUCUGAGACCUGGAUCAUGAUUAACAUUUAUUUUAGUCUCGAUCUGAACUAUUUAUGGAAUUAGGUCUGGCUUGGUUUUUAGUGUGGUUUUGUUCAAGUUCUGCCACAGUUUGGCCAGAAUGAAGCCAGACAGCGAAUAAGUUUGGUGAGGCUCAUGCUUUAGGCUCACAUCAUAUCUUAUUAUGGGCAGAACUAAUGUCUUUUUUCCCCACAAGGGUAAAAAGACAUUCUUGCCUUGAUCAAAAAUAACACCUUCUUAUUUUUCCCCCUUUGUGAGAUUUCUAAAAAAUAACUGGAAAAUGACACCUACCACAUAUCUCAGUACAAGAUGUCUGAAUAUCCAUGUGAUAAAAACACAAAGUUUUGUUCUGUAAAAGCAAGUGGUAUCUUUCCUGAAGAAAACACACCACUGCAUGUAGGAGUCAGGUUUCCACUGGUAGCUGUGGUCGUCCUCAUCGAUCCUAUGGACUGAAGGACUCUACAGUCCGCACGGUAUUAAUGUGAUUUGGUUUAACAAAAAUCUUUGUACUGUGGUGGUGGACUGCAGACUGGCACUUGACCUUAACCCAUAAUUUUCGUGUGUUUCUCCUCUUCAUCAUAAUCACAUUGUUCCACAAGCCACAGCUUUUCUCAGUAUACUGUAGUCGCCAAGUGGCUUCUGUAGAGGAGGCCCUUUUUCACAGGCAAAGAAAGAAUUCAGUCUAAAACUGAAAAUAUCAGGAUUUGAAACAUUCAUCCUGUCAACCAGUAGCUUGCAUCUACAGGCACAGGUUGGAAGGCAGCCAGGCAAAUACUAUACUGGUUUCAGAUAUUUGUACUGCUUGAUGUGAGUUUGAUUUACCUUUCCAGAGACUUAAACAGCCUUAAGUGUGCGAUCAACCAAGUGCUCUUUGCGUGUGUUUAAAUUUAGAAAAAUGGACUCAGCUAUUUGUUUGUGUUGGUUUGCGGCGAGAAAAUAACUCAGAGCAAACUGAAAAAAGCAAAGAUGGGUUUAUUUCUUAGCUUUUCAAUGCAAUUGUGUAUCUAAGACUGUGAAGUUUGUUGUUAUUAUGUACAUAUUCAGUGAAAUAUUUUCUUAGUAGUUAUGAACUAUAGUUUGAAUCAUCAUGUUUGUUGCUCUGCAUUUGUUCCCUUAACCCAAAAUAUGAUCUUCUACUUUAUUACAGUGGUAACAAUUGAUCAUUUCUACCAUUCUGCAUCCGUAAUGCUUUACUACUACAGAGACAUCCAUUGUCCAUCAUAUGUCUACUGUAUGCUCUGUUAGUUCUGCAGCCUGUUCUCUCUCCAGUAGAUUAAGGUUUGUAUGUUGUAAAGCAGAAAUAAAAAGGCAAACUAAAACACAGUAUGUGUGGCUGUCAAACUCUCAACUGCCACACCUUUCUUUGUACAUUGUAGUUACUAAAACCAGAACAAAACCCAAUCAUUUACAAUUUUUCUCUACGGUGUCCACAUCUGAAUGGCUCUUUGUAUUAGAGUCAGAAAGGAAAAAGGGUGCAACCAGUUUGCAGUCUGUAAUGGAUUCAGAGCAGAUCUGCCAUAAUUUAGUGCAUAUGCAAUAAAAUCAUUCAUACUGAUCAGACAUGAAUUAAAAAAUAUAUUUUCACACAUUUUUUCGCCCCGGGCCACUCUAAACUGACCCCUGUCAGGGCCAAGUUAAACCUUGGUCUGACUAGUAAGGUUAUAAGACAAGGUUAAGAUGUUGUGUUUCAGCGUUAACAUCUUCACAGUGUUCACUGUUUAACUGUAUCCAUCUCCCAACAACAUUUCAUUUUACAAAUAAUAUAUUCUGCUCCUUUUGUUCUCAGUAAUUCACACCAGUUAUCUUAAACCUGUGUUUCUGAUGAUAUUUUGAAAAAGUCAACAAUAAUCCUGCUCUGAGCAGUAAAUCUUAGUAAAUCCUGGACUAAGUGUGGGGGAUAUCUAAUUUUCUGAGUGUGAAAUAGCUGUUAGCUCAGAGCUGAUGAAGUUGUAAACACUGAGUUAAAAGGCGUCUUCGCCCAGGAUUAAGCGUAGAGUGAAAACCCUUUUUAUUUUGCAAAAGUGAAGCAGUUUUUCUAGUGUGUGGUUCAUAGGCAGUGAGCUGUGGUGUGCCUUGAAAUUCAAUGAAUAAUAAUUCCUUUUAAAUUUAACUGUACUGUGAAGAAAAUGUGUUAGUUAAGACAUACAUUUAUUAUAACUUUUAAGUUUUUUCUAACAAAGUAAAAUUAAAGUUAAACAAAAUGUUCACAGUUUGGCAUUCAUGCAGUGUUUUCUGUUUAGUUAAUGCAAAGUGAGACAAGACAGAACGUGUACCAUCAUAGAGGAUUUAUACACUUCUAUGGACUUCUGUGGACUUCUUUUCACCCAAUUAGUAAACGACUCUACACUACCAAGUGUCCCAAGACACUGAACACAACUGCAGCUUGAUAUCGGCACCAAAAUUUGGUUCCUGCAAGACCUUGUAGGUCUGUAAAAACGUCCUUGUGUGACCCAAACUAACCUGCUGAUCAUUCUACAACUGGCUACAAGUUGUAUACUAAUACAUAUGUGUGUACAGUGCCGUUCUCUAAGAGGAAUCACACCUCGAAAUGUUUGGUCAUGUUGGGUUUAGGCCUGAGUGUAAAACUGUGACUCCUGAUUUGAAGAUUACUAGAGCUGUUUGGCAGUUUUCAGCUGAAGAUGUUACGACUGCGACUGAAUGGGUUCACUGUGUCGAUGUUUUACUCAGCAAAUGCAUUGUUUCUUGCUGGGGAAAAGGCAUAAUAAGUUGCUUGUCUUGCUGUUUGUGUGCAGUCUUGGCUGAUGGUGGAUUUAAGUAGGGUAAAGGUCACGCAGACCCUUAUGAUAGCUGGCAGGUCACUUACAUUUAUGGAGAGCAUAGUAUGUUUCUCAUCACAGGGGUUUUGGUUGCAUGCAGCAUGUGACCGGGGCCUGCAUUUAUACUGAGAAAAAUAUAAACCUAUUCCUGUUUAAAUACAUUAAAACAACUUGCAUGAUAUCAUUUUGACAUGGAUUUAGGGUCUGUUUUGCCUCUCCUCUCUCUAUCCAGCCUAUGGUAAAUUAAACUUAUGUUAUAAUCCUUUAAAGCAAGUCCAUGUGCAAGUGAAAAUGUUAUGUGCUAAAAUGUAGUUUAACAGUAACACAAGUAGACAAAAUAAUCAUGAAGUCAGCUGAAUCAGUAAUGUUUGUUACGUAGCAAGUUAGCAAACUUUCAAAGUCAUCGAAAGCUACUGGUCAUACCAGACCAAGUAAAGCUGUACAGGAAAUCUCCAGAGUGUAUUGAAAUGAAAAAAUGGUGCAUUUUUUUGCUCAUGAAUUCACCUUUUCAUGUUUAAGACUAAGCUUGUGUUAUUUCUUCUUUCAAAGUUACAUAGUCUGGCUUUAAUGUUUUAACUGCUUUUCAGGAGCUGCAAUAAGCUGGUUGAUGCGCAGCAGUAUAUGUCCUGUAUGACAGAUGAACGGCUUUGUAAUGUCGAACAGAUGGAUCUCUGAAAGUGAACUAUUGUGUGUAAAGACAGUCAGAGAUGAGACAUGACGGUGUAUUGUGCUGCAAAGUCUGUGUUUUGUUGAAGGUUAGACAUGUUAAUGUUAAUGUUCAGGACAGGUGCAAAGUUUGGACGUGUACUUUGAUUUUUGCUAUUGGAAAAUACGAGUAUGAUCUACUGUGUGCGAUUGAAACGAUACACAGUUGCUGCAAUCCAGGAGUUGGAUUGGGUUUUCACAUUGAACAAAAGUGAAUAAAAGACAGUCGUACUGCUAAUUAUCUGUACUGAUGAUACUGCUAAAUAAGUGAUUCGAGUACUCAAAUACAAGACGUCAGUAAGCAAGUGUUAGUUGUUAUUGGAUGGAAAGUGAAGAUAUACAACAGCCAUCCACACCAGUCUGAGUCAGGACUCCCACACAUUUCUUGUUGUUGAUUGCACAAGAACAUCACAUAAAGUUCAGUGAGUUUAAACAAAAGCAGACAGCCUGGGGAAACGGACAGAAUGUUUAAUUCUUUGGAUUUAAUUAUUUUAUUGAGGUUGAUACUCCCUAAAGCACACCUGAGCUCACUCACAUGGGUCACCAGCUGACAACUUCUCAGCCCGAACGAAACAUCACAGUGUUUUCAUUUUUCCUGCAUGUAAUAACAUUGUAACGGAGAGCACGCUGCUGUAAUCUACUCACACUGAAUUCUCUGUUUCACUAAGGACGUCAGUCACAGAAAGAUGUGUUUGUACAUAAGUUUUAUACCCUGAGAAAUAAAGAAUAUUUGGUAUAAUA